AUGGCCGCUCCCAUCGAGGACCCCGACCAGCUCAUCACGUCUUCGGACCCGGAGCACCCUGCCAACCUCAUCCCUUCGCUGUGCGCCAAGUUCUGGACCUUGGGAUGGGUUACGGGCACUGGCGGAGGAUGUUCGAUUAGAGACGACAACCUCGUCUACCUCGCCCCCUCGGGCGUCCAAAAGGAACUCAUGAAGCCAACCGACAUCUACGUCCUCUCCCUCAAGGACCAAGACCCCUCCAACCGCCACCAGCAAGCCCAGCGGACCUACCUCCGCUCCCCGCCCGUCUACAAGCCCUCCCAGUGCACGCCCCUCUUCCUCGCCGCCUUCACCCGCCGCAACGCCGGCUGCUGCAUCCACACCCACUCCCACUGGGCCGUCCUCGUCACCCUCCUGCUCGAGGCCAGGGGGAGCUCCGUCUUCGAGAUCAACAACAUUGAGCAGAUCAAGGGCUUCGGCAGGGGCUUCCAGAAGACGGGCAACUUGGGCUACCACGAUACGCUGCGGAUCCCGGUCAUUGAGAAUACGCCGCACGAGGAGGACUUGACCGAGUAUCUGGAGGAGGCCAUGGACGAGUUCCCGGAUACGUAUGCUGUGCUGGUGAGGAGGCAUGGGGUGUAUGUGUGGGGGGACAAUGUGCACAAGGCGAAGACGCAGUGCGAGAGUCUCGACUAUCUCUUCCAGCUGGCGGUUGAGAUGCACCAGCUGGGUCUCCCUUGGAUCAGCAACAUCCCCCAGAUUGCGCCGCAGAGGACAUGA